ACCGAGCUCUAGUCCUUAUGUUUUGUUUGCCUAAGUUAAUGGAGAAUAUCUCUUAGUUUUUGUUUAUUAAAAGCCGAUUCGAUGGCAACUAUGGCUGAAUGCAAUCACAGCGUCUUCGACCUGGUCACCAAACUGGCCACAAUGCUGGUCGCGGAGGAGCUGGCGCCAAAAAAACCAACAGCUGCGUUGGUGGCCAAAAGGCGCUCCAAAAUUUAUGAAUCUCUACUCCGCAAUGGAACGAUGUCCUCCCAGGGCAAGCUGGAGCUGCUCAACCAGGUGAGCAGCGAGGUGGGAGGGAAUCCCAAACAAAAGGAUAUGCUGCUCAGCUUCCAAAAUCUGCUGGAAAGACAGGAGAGAGCAGAACCCCAGGAAACGAAGGACAAGGAUGCGGAAAACCACUCCGGAGUGGUGAUCAAACGACUAAAACCAGGCCUGCUGCAGCUACUUGAAACCACGGAGCCUCUGCCCAAGGAGCAAGUUCAUCCAAAGGCCUUGCUUGGCAUCGAUCAGAGGAAUCGUGCCCUGAAACCCCUGCAACUACAGCCCUACUCCGAUCUUCUCACUAGUAACCUGAAUGGAAAGCCUCCGCCAAAAAAAGUAGGACUCAGGAUCAUACCAUCUAUUGUAACCCGCGUCGGAUUAGUGGAGUCCAUGACAAGGAUGAGAAAUGACGUGGAUCAACCAAUGCAGCCACCACCCCAAUUGCCAGUGCUCGCGAAAAAUGUGCCAGCUCCACUGGAGGAACGACUUUUUGUGGCCCAACCUGGACCGGAGAAGCACUUUAUUUCGGAUCAUAUGAUGACCAACGAGCUUAAGCUCCACCGAAACAAAGACCUGGUGCUUAACUACAUAGAUGAAGCAACACUAAUCGAUCACCUAAAGAAAGCAGCAGGUGGUCUUCAGUCGUUAACGUUUCCGAGUCCGCCGGAAGAUAAAUUGAAGUUGGAAAUCACACCCAACACAACGUUGCCCACUUUGCUGCCGGAGGUGCUGGCGGAUUUUGCAGAUCACUUCCUUCGCGCCGGCUGCGCCUUUAGACGUUUGACUGCCCGCACCAAAUGUAAUAGGAACACCGAAAAGCGGCUGGAGAGGCCCCUAAGUCGAGCCAUGCGAGAGACCAUUAUAGAUUACCUAGCCACCACUCGGGAGUUCUUCCUCUCUUUGCCAGCAGAUGGUCUUUCCCAGCUGCUGACCGACUCACUUACAGCGAUGCAUUUACUCUACCAACUGGAUAGGAUGUUCGAAAAUGAACCGAGAUUGAACCUGGACACUGGGAUAACUGGAUCCUUCCUGUUGAGCUCCAUCUGGCUGGCCAUUGACACGUGCGGCAACAGUGACUUCCUGCAGCUGCUCAUCUACUUGUUGCGCUGCAUAUCCCAAACGUACUUUGUUCAGCUCCAGAGAUGGAUCUACCAUGGUGAACUGGACGAGUCGGUCAACGAGAUUUUCAUUAGCCGUUGUCUGAACACUUCACCGUCGUUUACAAACAAGUGCAGCAAGGAGUUCUUUGACAAAAGCUACCAAGUGGACAACGAGGCGAUUCCAGAAUUUUUAGCCGGCUGCGAACAGGAAAUUUUUCAAUGUGGAAAGUACAACCAGGUGCUAAGGGCAUAUAACGCUCAGCACCCCGUUUUUGAAGUGCAGUAUCCGGAUAUAAUGGUGUGCCUAACGGAGCAGCAGCUCAAACAGAUGCGCCGCAACCUGGCCGAUAAGUAUGCCAUUAUCUAUCAACGUUUUGGAUGGUGCAGCAUGCAAAGCAUUUUUGAGGAGCGCAUGGCCACAAAGCGUGUAUUUGCCAAUCUCAUGGUGAAGCGAACGCAGGCCCAUCUUGACGCCUGGGCGGAGGAGCAGCGUGAACUUCAACUAAAAGCGAAUGCCCAGAAAAAAUUGUUGAACGAUCAGUUAAACGCAGAGCAGGAACGUCUCCAGCAAAACCGCUUAGAAAAGCAGCGUCAGGACAUUGUUAAUGAGCUCGCAUUUCAGCAGGAAUGCGAACGGAUGGAGGAUAAGCGCCUAGAGCUGGAAAAACAAGAGUUGCAAAAGAAAGUUAUGCAGCUAGCAACUGAUUUAACUGGAAGAAGCAAACAGGAAGUGAUCAGUCCUGAUCAAAGCACAGUCAGCGACCUCAGUUUUGCUUCCUGUAUCGAGCAACCUGAUUGUCUGGCAGAGUCAACGUCUGAUAAAGAUAAUGCAAAUACAGAAAAGUCGGAGGAAGAGGCAGCAGAACAGUUGGAUAAGCCAUUGGAUAUUCCAUUGGAACAGCCAGGCGCUGAAGGACCAAAAGAUCAAGCGGAUGUAGAUGUAAACCAACCAUGUGAAGAACUUCCCAAUGCGGUUCAAUAUCAACGGAGUCACUCGGACGUGAUGAAUUCCAAUGAGCACCCAACCACCCAAACAGAGUUCAAUCGAAACCGCCAGCAUGGUCUCUCCUCUGCCCAGUUUCAAGAGUGUCAUGCUAGGGUACACCUACAACAGUCCGACUUACUUAAAACCACUGCCAGCACGAGUUCAGGAUUGCACGCUGAGCUUCCUCCGGACAUCAAUGCUAAUCUCAAUUGUCCGGAAACGGAGGAGCUGAGCGAACUGCAGCGAAACCGUUUGCGCAACGAGCAUCACGACGGCUUCGUCAGCUUUAACUCCACCGAAGAUGAACACACCCAUCGAAUGCGUUGCCAAUUGAACUCAAAUACGGAACGUGCCAGAAAUCGGCGACGGGUUAUGGACAGUGAGUUCGGUGUUACCCUGGGUUAUAACAGCAAGGAUAAGGGGACAAAGACCACGCCUUGUCUGCCUCUAGAGCUCGACAAGCUUCACGUCGAAGUCCCCUUGGCGGUGCUAACUCCAAUGUCCACCACUUCCGAUGUUGAUAUUGGUGAACCGUCUCCUAGGGAAAUGCCGGAAAUAGCUGACACUACCAAUAAUAACAAUGUUGGUGGCAGCAGUGAAGGUUUGUCUCCGGAGUCACCAAAGCACGACCUUGUAAUUGCUAAACCCACCAGCACAUUAUCGAAAGCCAUCAAACCGGGUUUGGUUUUGCCCACGUAUUUUAGAAUGGAAAAGGAACCGAAACAGGACAGACAUCAAAAGGUUUCCACUUUGCCUGAGGCUUGCAAUCCGUUUAUGGCCCGCCGCUGUCUGCAGCUUUCCGUAAUGGCGCCCGUUAACGCACACUACGCGCUGCUACGAAAUGAAGUCCUGAGAAUCUUCCAGGAGCAGCGUAUCUACGAGCAUUUCCGCAAGCUAAGAAACUACUUCUUCCUGUUGGACGGUCAGUUUGGAGCAUUACUCACGAGCGAUAUUCUAGGAAGAAUAAGAGCGGGCAUUGAGCCCCGCAGUCUCUGCCAGAAGGGCAUCCUUGAUACCAUCUUAACCAAUGCGCUGGCGGCUUGUUCGGCGGAUGAGACCACGGUCUCACAGAAUCUCACUCUCAACUGUACCACCAUCCCGGAUACGCUGAAUUUCCUGUCUGUGGAAGCCACUUCUAUGCUGAAGCUGCACUGCAAGAUUGAUUGGCCUUUAAACCUGGUGAUCAGCUCGGAGACGGUCUCAAAAUAUGGCCAGAUCUUCGGAUACCUGCUGAAGCUGCGUCACGUUAGUUUUGUGUUGGAGGGAACCUACGAGUACCUGCAGCAAAUGGGCAAACUUCUUGGCCCGGAACUGCGGACAUGUGCCCAUUUCCGACACUUGCAGAUGAUACGCCACAAGCUGUCGCACUUUAUGACCUCGUUUCAAACCCAUCUGGUGGCCAAAGCUCUGCAGUCCACCUGGAAGAGCUUCAAGGAGGAGUUGUGCACAGCCGACUCCAUUGAGGCGUUGUACAAGCAGCAUGUUGCCUACUUGAAGCGGGUGGCCUUCCUAGCACUUUUAAAUCGGCGCAGUGCCAAGGUCAAGGAAACCAUUGAUAACAUCCUGGUGAUUAUACUACGCUUUUGCAAAGUCAUUCAGUCGCAGUCCUUUAUUUUGGAUCAAGAUAAUCAAUUUGCGCAUCCCCGCUUUAAACGCUUGCAGCAGGAGGAGGCGGAGUUCCAGAAAUUCAUGCAGUAUCUCAUCUAUUUGGGCAACAAGGCGGCCGCUUCUGGUUACCAGGAGGAAAUCGGUGACCUGAUUUGUAUUAUUAAUUUUAACAACUACUACAAGGUAUCUGAGAACACAAGUGGUUCUUAAAUCGAAUAUAGAAAGUGCUAGCCAAUAAUUGUUAGAUAAGGAUUUCUCUUGCCAUUAAGCUGAGCUUAGACAAUUUUAAAAUAUUAAUGCAUCUCUUAAAUGUAGAGCUUCGGUAAACAAACUCAACUAUUUUUUUGGUUUUGGUAACAGUUUUGUUGUGUUAAUUUAAUAUUAACUUUCAAAUAAUCGGCUUAUUAAAAGAAAUGUAUUUAGUACGUAACUUAUAAUUAAAUUUUAACCAAAUGGAGAUAAAAAGAACUAACCUGUAUCAAUAUCACUAAUAGAUUUUUGUUAAAUGUUUAAGAAAAAGUGCAAGUAGAAGAAUAGUACCUUACUAUUUUCAAAAAUCCAAUUACAAAAUGGAAAGUUCUUGUUAAAUAUUGUAAUAUAAUUGUAAUUGUGUCUACAUCAUUUCUUAAAGUUGAUUGGAAUUUAUGAAUAAAUGCGCUUAUGAAUGGGAA